AGAAGACAUCCUACUCCCUUCAGAGUGCAGCAUGGCUGCCUGCUGCUGUGCCCUGUGUCUGUUUCAGCAGGUCCAGUGGGCUGACCUGUGGUUCCGAGGUUGCCAUGGAGUUGGAAUGUUUUGAGCAAGCUGGCAGUUGGCUUGGCUCUGCCACAGAGGGACGUUGAGGAGUCAGAGGUGGCCAAACUUGACUGGCUUGGCUUGCAGCUGGCUUGCUGGUGCCCCAAAAUUGGGACUUGUUUGCCCAUUUUCUCCUCUGCAUCUCGGCUGUGCUGCCAGACGUAGUGUUCCCGGUUCCUGGAGCGGCUUGCUUACUAAGCCGGCAGAGACCAGUUUGACUCUGGGCUAGCCUUCUGACGGGUAUUGAAGUUCCAGCGGCCCUGGAGAUGUUCAGCAGCCUCGUCAGAGCUGGCAUAAGCAUGAGUCACUCGGCAUCUGAAGAAGCCUCUGGCUCUGACUCUGCAAGCCAGUCUGAAAGCGAACAGGGCAGCGAGUCAAACAGCAGCUCGGAGUCCUCUGAGAGUCAAUCUGAAUCUGAAAGUGAAUCAACAUGUUCGAAAUCCCAGCAGACCCCUCCUGAAACCAAAGAAAAACCAGCCUCUAAGAAGGAAAGGAUAGCAGAUGUUAAGAAGAUGUGGGAAGAAUAUCCUGAUGUUUAUGGGGUUAGGAGGUCAAACCGAAGCAGACAAGAGCCGUCGCGAUUUAAUAUAAAGGAUGAGGCAAGUAGUGAAUCUGAAAAUGAGAGCCCAAAAAGAAGAGGCCAGAAGCAAAUGAAAAAAACAAAUAAAUGGAAAAGAGACAUCUCUGGUGAAGAAGAGGAUGAAGAUGGAGGGGAACAGGGCACUAGUGGAGAGAGUGAGCCUGAACCGAAGAAAAUUAAAGCGAGGAGACCUGCCCAGAGGAGAACAGUGGCCAAGACCAGUGUUAAAAAGCCUCACAAACGCCAGUGUGGCAAGAAGAGAAAGAAACCAGAGUCAUCUGAAGAUGACGAUGAUGACGAAGAUGAUGAGACCCCCAAGAGACAAACUCGACGAAGAGCCUCCAAAAAUGUCAGUUACAAAGAAGAUGAUGAUUUUGAGACGGAUUCUGAUGACCUGAUAGAGAUGACUGGGGAAGGAGCUGAUGAACAGCAAGACAACAGUGAAACUAUUGAGAAAGUCCUGGACAUCAGGCUUGGGAAAAAAGGAGCCACUGGUGCUUCCACCACAGUGUAUGCAACCGAAGCCAACGGCAACCCCAGCGCCGACUUCGAUCCUGAGAAGGACGAGGGAGAGGUUCAGUACCUGAUCAAAUGGAAAGGCUGGUCAUACAUCCAUAGCACGUGGGAGAGUGAGGAGUCCUUGCAGCAGCAGAAAGUGAAGGGCCUGAAAAAGCUUGAGAACUUCAAGAAAAAAGAGGAGGAGAUCAAGCAAUGGCUGGGCAAGGUAUCACCUGAAGAUGUAGAAUAUUUCAACUGCCAACAGGAGCUAGCUUCAGAGCUGAACAAACAGUAUCAAAUAGUGGAGAGAGUCAUUGCUGUGAAGACCAGCAAGUCUGCAAUGGGACAUUCGGAUUUUCCAGCAAACAGUCGCAAAACAUCCUCAAACGACCCUGAAUACCUGUGUAAGUGGAUGGGGUUGCCCUAUGCUGAGUGCAGCUGGGAAGAUGAGGCUCUGAUAAGCAAGAAAUUCCAGCACUGCAUCGACAGCUUCAACAAUCGGAACAACUCCAAAACAAUUCCUACCCGGGACUGCAAGGUGUUGAAGCAGAGGCCAAGGUUUGUUGCCCUGAAGAAACAACCUUCUUACAUUGGUGGUGAGAACCUAGAGCUGCGAGAUUACCAGCUGGAGGGCCUCAACUGGCUUGCUCACUCGUGGUGCAAGAACAACAGUGUGAUCCUGGCUGAUGAAAUGGGCCUGGGCAAGACAAUUCAGACAAUAUCUUUCCUGUCAUACCUCUUCCAUCAGCAUCAACUCUAUGGCCCGUUCCUGGUGGUGGUGCCCUUGUCCACUCUCACCUCAUGGCAGAGAGAGUUUGAAGUGUGGGCACCUGAGAUAAAUGUGGUGGUUUACAUCGGAGACCUGAUGAGCAGGAACAUGAUCCGUGAAUAUGAGUGGAUCCACUCUCAGUCCAAAAGGUUGAAAUUCAAUGCACUUAUCACAACAUAUGAGAUCCUCCUCAAGGAUAAGGCCGUUCUGGGAAGUAUUAACUGGGCCUUCCUGGGCGUGGAUGAAGCCCAUCGCUUGAAAAAUGAUGACUCCUUGCUUUACAAAACAUUGAUUGAUUUCAAGUCCAACCACAGGCUGCUGAUCACUGGCACCCCACUUCAGAAUUCGCUCAAAGAGCUCUGGUCCCUGCUGCAUUUCAUCAUGCCGGAGAAGUUUGAGUUCUGGGAGGAUUUUGAAGAGGAUCACGGGAAAGGUAGAGAGAAUGGCUACCAGAGCCUUCACAAGGUCCUGGAGCCAUUUCUCCUACGCAGAGUGAAGAAGGAUGUGGAGAAAUCUUUGCCAGCCAAAGUGGAGCAGAUCCUUCGUGUGGAGAUGUCUGCUUUGCAGAAGCAGUAUUACAAGUGGAUUUUGACAAGAAACUAUAAAGCUCUUUCCAAGGGAACAAGGGGGAGCACAUCUGGUUUCCUGAACAUUGUGAUGGAGUUGAAAAAGUGCUGCAACCAUUGCUACCUUAUUAAACCUCCUGAGGAAAAUGAGAGAGAGAAUGGCCUUGAGACCCUGCAGUCUCUGGUCAGGAGCAGUGGGAAGCUGAUUCUCUUGGACAAGCUGCUGACCAGGCUGCGGGAGAGAGGCAACAGGGUGCUGAUCUUCUCCCAGAUGGUGAGGAUGCUGGACAUCUUGGCAGAGUACCUGACUAUCAAACACUACCCUUUUCAGCGCUUGGACGGCUCGAUCAAAGGGGAGAUCCGAAAGCAGGCGCUGGACCACUUCAACGCUGAUGGCUCUGAGGACUUCUGUUUCUUGUUGUCAACACGAGCUGGAGGGCUGGGAAUUAACCUGGCCUCUGCUGACACUGUUGUGAUCUUUGAUUCAGACUGGAACCCACAAAAUGAUCUUCAGGCUCAGGCUCGAGCUCACCGGAUUGGACAAAAGAAGCAGGUGAACAUUUACCGCCUGGUGACAAAGGGUACGGUAGAGGAGGAGAUCAUUGAGAGGGCCAAGAAGAAGAUGGUGCUGGAUCAUUUGGUGAUCCAGCGCAUGGACACCACUGGCCGGACCGUGCUGGACAACAACUCUGGGAGAUCCAACUCAAAUCCUUUCAACAAGGAAGAGCUGACAGCUAUUCUGAAGUUUGGAGCUGAAGAUCUCUUCAAGGAGCUUGAAGGGGAAGAGUCAGAGCCUCAGGAGAUGGACAUUGAUGAGAUCCUGCGCCUGGCUGAAACACGGGAGAACGAAGUGUCCACCAGUGCUACUGACGAGCUCCUCUCCCAGUUCAAGGUAGCCAACUUUGCAACCAUGGAGGAAGAGGAGACAGAGCUGGACGAGCGGUCCCAGAAGGACUGGGAUGAUAUUAUUCCAGAGGAGCAGAGGAAAAAGGUGGAGGAGGAAGAAAGGCAGAAAGAAUUGGAGGAAAUCUACAUGCUGCCUCGAAUCCGGAGCUCCACUAAAAAGGCUCAGACAAAUGACAGUGAAUCAGAUGCAGAAACCAAGAGAAGGCUUCAGAGAUCAUCUGGAUCAGAAAGUGAGACCGACGAUACCGACGACGAGAAGAGACCAAAGCGCAGGGGGCGUCCUCGCAGUGUCAGGAAAGACACUGUGGAAGGAUUUACUGAUGCUGAAAUCAGGAGGUUUAUCAAGGCUUACAAGAAGUUUGGGUUGCCUCUUGAACGGCUGGAGUGCAUUGCCCGGGAUGCUGAGCUGGUGGAUAAGUCUGUGGCUGAUCUGAAACGGUUAGGGGAGCUCAUCCACAACAGCUGUGUGUCAGCUAUGCAGGAAUAUGAGGAGCAGCUGAAAGAAAAUCCAAGUGAAGGGAAGGGGCCUGGGAAAAGAAGAGGUCCUACUAUCAAGAUCUCUGGUGUCCAAGUCAAUGUGAAAUCCAUCAUCCAGCAUGAAGAGGAGUUUGAAAUGCUGCAUAAAUCCAUUCCUGCGGACCCAGAGGAAAGAAAGAAGUACCGCCUGACAUGCCGUGUCAAAGCUGCCCAUUUUGAUGUGGACUGGGGAGUGGAGGAGGAUUCUCGCUUGUUGGUGGGAAUUUAUGAGCAUGGCUAUGGAAACUGGGAGCUAAUUAAAACAGAUCCAGAGCUGAAGUUGUCUGAUAAGAUCCUACCUGUUGAGUCAGAUAAGAAACCUCAGGGAAAGCAGCUCCAGACCCGAGUUGAUUAUCUACUGAAACUGCUGAAGAAAGAUCUGGACAAGAAAGAAAACAUGAAAGAUGGGGAAGAGGGCAAGCUAAAGAAGAGAAAACCACGAGUAAAGAAAGAGAACAAGGCUCCCAAAGUCAAAGAUGAGCAUGGGAAUGAGCUCUCUCCUCCUAGGCACUCAGACAACCAGUCAGAAGAAGGUGAAGUCAAGGAGGAUGGCUUGGAAAAGAGCCCAGUGAAAAAGAAACAGAAGAAGAAAGAGAACAAAGAGAACAAGGAAAAACAGACAAGCACUAAGAAAGAAAAGGAAAGUGAUAAAGAGAAAAAGAAGUCAAAAGACAAAAAGGAGAAGCCUAAAGGUAGUGAAGCCAAAUCUGGAAGUAAAGGGAAGAGGUCGCAAGGUCCUGUCCACAUUACUGCAGGCAGUGAACCCAUCCCCAUUGGAGAAGAUGAGGAUGACGACCUGGACCAGGAGACAUUCAGCAUAUGCAAGGAAAGGAUGAGACCAGUCAAAAAAGCCCUGAAGCAGCUUGACAAGCCUGAUAAGGGACUGACAGUUCAAGAGCAGCUGGAGCACACACGCAACUGCCUCCUAAAGAUUGGGGACCGCAUCUCUGAGUGCCUUAAAGCCUACAGUGACCAGGAUCAUAUCAAGCUGUGGAGAAGGAACCUAUGGAUAUUUGUGUCCAAAUUCACAGAAUUUGAUGCCAGAAAACUGCACAAACUCUACAAGAUGGCUCAUAAGAAAAGAUCACAGGAAGAGGAGGAGCAAAAGAAGAAGGAGGACAUGUGCAGCAUGAAGAAGCCGUUCCGCCCAGAGCCCUCGGGCUCCAGCCGCGACUCUGUGAUGUCCCAGUCUCACGUGCCUCACAACCCUCACUCCCAGAAGAUCCACUUGCCCCCUUCCCAUGCCCAGCAGCAGAUGCAUGGGCACCCACGUGACAACUACGGCCAUCCAAACAAGAGGCAUUUCAGCAACACAGACCGAGGAGAAUGGCAGAGGGAUCGAAAGUUCAACUACGGUGGCAACAGCAACCAGAUGUGGGGCGGGGAACGGCACCACCAGUACGAGCAGCACUGGUACAAGGACCACCACUAUGGGGACCGGCGGUCUCGCGGGGAGCCCCACCGCAGCUCGGGCAACUACAGACCAAACAACCUCUCCCGCAAGAGGCCCUACGAGCAGUACAACAGCGACCGAGACCACAGAGGCCACCGGGACUACUACGACAGGCACCACCACGAUUCCAAGCGUCGACGAUCCGAUGAGUUCAGGCCCCAGAACUACCACCAGCAGGAUUUCCGACGGAUGUCUGACCACAGGCCCCCCAUGGGCUACCAUGGCCAGGGACCCUCGGACCACUACCGGUCCUUCCACACAGACAAAUCGGCAGAUUACAAACAGCCACUCCCUCCGCCUCACUCUGCCAUGUCGGACCCUCGCUCUCCGCCCUCUCAGAAAUCCCCCCACGAUUCCAAGUCACCUCUCGAUCACAGGUCACCUCUGGACAGGUCCUUGGAACAGAAAAACAACCCAGACUAUAACUGGAACAUUCGGAAAGUGUAGAGUGGCGGAGAGGGGCGAAGCGGACAUCUGAAACGCUUGGUCUGAUGCAGGAGCAGCUGCUUUCUCCAGGCCAGCAACCAGAAAAUCUGAACAUGCUGCUAUCAUCUUGCUGGGUCAAGGAGGAUUUUGAGGGAGUAGGUGGAGGAAGAGAUUCCCUAACUCUUGGUUCUUGUUUGGAUUCCCGUUUCCUUUCCCCUCUUCUACAACUGAUCAUCGGAAACAGCCUUUCUCUGUCUCAUUCUUAGUUUUGCUUUUCCUUGUCUGAUGGACCCAAGGGAAUUCUCCCCAGCCAGUGUUUCCCCAAACCAAGAAGGUGGAUCCGUGCUGCUUAGGAUGGUGGAGAAGGUUGUGUGCCUGCUCUGACUUGAUGUUACCUGACAGAUGCUGCUUUGGGAUUGGGGAUAAACUGGUUGGACUGGGCUGGCCUUGGUGUGUAACCAGCAUAGGGCAAUGAGAGGAUAUAUUUGAGGGGAGGGACACAAGUGUCCCUUAUCUGCCAAGCUUGGUUGAAGGAGGGACAGGAGAGUCCCUCAACAGUCAAGCUUGGCUGAAAGAGGAACUCCAUGUCCCUGCAGAGUGACUCCAAAGGAGUUGGAGCUAUGCUGGUGACAAUCUAUUGCUUUCCUGGCCAUGUUACCAUUUCUGUGUCUUUAUCCAUUUCAAGAAACUGGCUCUGCUUUGAUUGCUGUUGUGUCCCCUGCAACAGAAGAGGUGUGGUGGAUCUUCCUCCCAUUUCCAGGGCUGGAACUGGCAAAUCUUGGCUCUGAGGGGCUUUGGGAUAUGUGAAAAAAAGGAAAAAAAGAAAGACAGACUCCUUUAGUAAAGGCUUAGUUCACUUCUAACCAACAGGAAAGAAAUUGGGGUGAGAACAGUAUUUAUCUUAACAGAACUCCUCUUCCCUCCUGACACGAGCAUCUUGGAUGGUAGAGAAGCUAACAGAUGCUGUCUGGAAGCUGCAAGGUCAAAAGAUGGCUCUGGGCAUCUGGGGAUCCUGAAAUUCCUAAUCUCUUUGCCACUGAAGUGCUCCAGUCUUUGGGCAAGUCAUUUCUCUCUGUGCUUCUCUGCUGAAACCCAAAGGAUAAGAGUUGGUAGAGCAGAUUUAAAGAGGAAUCCAGAGGACUGAUCCCUGCUCAGGGAACAGUUCCCUUCCUGCCACCAACCCAGCAAUCAGAAGUAGCUCUGAAUUGCUAAAGGUACCUGCUCUGAAAGACCUUCUCUCUGUCUAAAUUGGAAAUGUGCCUGGGGACUUAACACCUGAGUGAGCAGGGAGAGAAUGAGGAAUUCAGGACUGGGUUCUAAAAAUCCUUGGAGCAAGUGUCUCAGGAGCCCAGCAUGGCAGAGGGAAGAGAGGAGUCUGCAGCCCAGCACAGUGGAGUUCAGAGCAUACACUCCUCCAAGUAUUUGAGCCACAGUGUCCAGCCUGGAGACUGGCAUGGUGAGAGGGUCAGAAGAGGCUUGGGUGAUUGUUUGUCAGGUCCCAGGUCUUUGUAGAGUCACAUCCCCAGAGACCACAAAGCUCUCCUGACAGCCGGGCUGCCCAGAGCAUGGUGUCAGGGGAUGUGCCACCUCCCAGAGCUCAGUAUUCAAGACAAGCCUGUUCCAGACUCCUCUUUUUGCUGGGGGACAGGAGCUGGGCCUCCUAUUAAACUGCCAGUAUCUGAUCCUAAUAAGCUGUGAUGUCCUUUCCCCAGAAGACUGAAGGGAGAUGGCUGUUCAGGGCUGGCUUCCUGACUGCAGCCAGCACCUUGGAAGGUGCACACAAGCCAACACUAAUGUCCCCUGUCCCCCCUCCAUGCAGUGCAUCCCUUGCAGUUUGCUGCCUUCACUCCUUGCUGAGCCCACUGCUGUAAGGGGGCACCCAAGCUGCGGUUUGCUCCCCUUAUCCCCUUUUAUUUUACAGAAUGUUCCCCAAAGGCAGGGCAGUUUUUCUUCCUCAGGGGCACUGCACUGCCCCCAGAAAGUGUUUACCUGCUCAGGAGGAGGUGAAGGCAAGUCUUCCACAGCCCCCCUUGGAGCUGCCAGGUGAUGGGAGGUGUUUCUCACUAAGCUGUGAUUGCAGGCACGCUUGCUGUGGUGGUAUUCAACAAAGAGGUCCUUUCUUUUCAGAGGUAUUAGCUUUUAAUGGGAAAAUGGAAGAAACCUCAGAGGGGCAUAAAGAAUUGCUCUUUUUGUUCACCAAGUAGUGCUAUCAUGGUGGAAAGUUUGUGCCAUACACUUGUAGCAAAAGGCAGUACUGGCCAGACCAGUCUUAACAGUUGGUGCAGGAAAACUUGGAACCCCACCCCAGCAAGAGGCAUUUUCUGUGUCCAAACAUGGGGGAUUCUGCACAUCCCAAGCUCCAGCAGUGAGGUGGGUUGGGGUUUUCCUUCUUAUGCAACAGCAAAAAGCUUCACCCAUGUCCUCCAAAGAGCUGUCCCUGCUGUCCUGUUAGCCUGGCACUGAAGUCACACUCUUGUGGUGGGUGGAGUCUUCACUGGCUUUGUCUUUAAUGAAGCUGCAGGACUAGAUUUAGGAGAAAAUGCUCCCUGAGCACACGCACAACACAGGGACCAUAACCAGACACAGUCACUUGGGUGCAGGUGGGAUUGGAGGGGACAGGUCCACAGUCACAAACGUCCCUGCCGUGUUUGUGGCAGCAUCUGGCUCAGCUCUUCCUUCUGAAGCGGCUGUGGGAUCGGCUCUCUGCUCUUUGCAGAGGAAAAGUAGCAACUUGCUGGGGUUUGAUUUUUAAGACAAAAAGAGUUUUUCAGCCUGACUGCUUUGGAAAUGGUGGAAAGUUGUGAAUUCACAGGAUGGAAACCCUGCAGACUGAAAGCUGCUGCAGGGACAGGCCCAACUCAAACGGAUACUUAGCAGCGCUCCGAAGUCCUUUCUGGGAACAGUUCUAAGUGAUCCACACAAAAUCCUGCUCUACUUUCACCCAUUUCUUCCUGACCUCCACCUCCCCUCGCUGGGGAGAGAAGGACUCUUACUGUAAAAAAAUGUGGACUUUUAAACCUAUUGACUAAAAAAAAAAAAAACCCCACAAACCCAGUAAUUAAUUUAUAUUUGUGAAGAAAAAAAUAAUUAAAAAAAAAA